AGUAACCCCAUGCAGAGGACACCUAUCAAUUUCGAAAACAAAACAAAAUCAGCAAAAACCAAAACCAAAAUUAAGAAAUGCUGAGUCCAUCCUAUUAAUGCUAGCGGUGUGGCCUAAUAAAUAGAUACAAUAGUCAACUUCCCUCUAAACCCUUCAAUUACCCCCCUAUAAAUUCUCUCUGCACCCCUUCCUCUCCUCAUAACCACCUCUCUCUCUCUCUCUCUCUCUCUCUCUCUCUCUCUCUCCUCUGUCAACCCACAAGAGAACAAAACCAUGGUGUUUCCCACAGUGCUUCUCAAGCUACUGGACUGGCUAUUGUACCAUCUUUUGGCCAACUCAUGUCACAGAGGAGAAAGGAAAAUGAGAAACCAUGGCUUCUUCUCCAAAAACCCAUCUCUCAAAUCACCUCCACAGCCUCCUCCAUACCCAAACUUGACCAAAUGUGGCGAUUUGGAGGGCAGGGUGUCCCAAACACUCGUUUGUGACAUCCAAAACACAUUGUUAGCAAAUUCCCAGUCUUUCUUCCCCUAUUUCAUGCUUGUUGCCUUUGAAGGUGGUAGCAUCAUAAGGGCACUCCUCUUGCUCCUAUCCUCCCCAAUCCUGUUUCUUUUGGACUAUGAGCUCAAACUAAGGGCAAUGGUCUUCAUCACCUUUUGUGGGCUUAAAGUGAAGGACAUGGAGGGGAUCAGUAGGGCUGUUUUGCCCAAGUUCUACCUUGAAAAUCUCAAUCCCAAGGUGUACGAGGUCUGGGCCUCAACUGGGAACAGGGUUGUUUUCACUAGUGUCCCAAGGGUUAUGGUGGAGGGGUUCUUGAAGGAGUAUUUGGGUGUGGGUGAUGUUGUAGGGACUGAAUUGCACACUGUGGGGCAGUAUUUCACUGGACUGAUUUGUGGGCCUGGUUUGGUUGUGAAGCACAGAGCCAUUAAGGAAUUCUUUGGAGAGAAAAAGCCUGAUGUUGGGAUUGGGAGUUCAAGUCCUCGUGAUCACCUCUUUCUCUCCCUUUGCAAGGAAGCUUAUGUGGUGAACAGCACUGAAGACAACAUCAAGGCUGGGGCUAAUUCAGCAAUUAUGCCAAGAGAGAAAUACCCAAAGCCUCUUGUAUUUCAUGAUGGGAGGCUAGCUUUCCUGCCCACACCCUUUGCAACUCUUUCCAUGUUCAUGUGGCUCCCGCCAGGAAUAAUCCUAGCCAUUUUCAGGCUCUUUGUGGGCAUCUUUUUGCCCUACAAAAUGGCCAUUUUCUUGGGCACUUUGAGUGGCGUGAGAAUAAGGGUUAAAGGGCUCAACCAUUCUGGUACAGAGGGUGGGAAGAAAGGUCAUGUGCUUUAUGUUUGUACCCAUAGGACCCUUUUGGACCCUGUGUUUCUUAGCACAUCACUUGGGAAGCCCUUGACUGCAGUCACUUACAGCCUCAGCAAAAUGUCUGAGUUCAUUGCACCUAUAAGGACAGUUAGGUUGACCAGAGAUAGAAAGCAAGAUGGUGAAACAAUGCAGAGAUUGCUCAGUGAAGGCGAUUUGGUGGUGUGCCCGGAAGGAACCACAUGCAGGGAGCCAUACCUCUUGAGGUUCAGCUCACUGUUUGCUGAACUAACUGAUGAAAUCGUGCCUGUGGCUAUGAACACCGAGGUGACCAUGUUCUACGGGACUACAGCCAGUGGCCUCAAAUGCCUGGACCCAAUCUUCUUCUUGAUGAACCCCAGGCCCAUCUACUACAUCCAGGUCCUCGGGAAAGUGCCCCGGGAGCUAACCUGCGCCGGCGGGAAAUCCAGCUUCGAAGUGGCCAACUACAUACAGAGGCAAUUGGGCGAUGCUUUGGGCUUUGAGUGCACUAAUCUCACCAGGAAGGACAAGUACAUGAUGCUUGCAGGGAAUGAAGGGGUGGUCCUCCAAGAUAAUAGAAGGAGACCCUAAUUAAUUUUAAAAAACUAGUAUUUAAUUAUCAAGCUUCUGGAAAUUCCCAUUUCAUCAUUCAUUUAUUUUGUUUUAAAAAAAAGAAGAUAUCUAGGUUUUAUGAUCUAUGUGGUAGAUUUUUGGGACAUUUUUGUAAAGAUCUCGGGGGUAUUUGGUAUAUGUUUCUAUCAAUUGUUAUUGCUAGAUGUUACUAUAUAUAAAGAGAUCUUGGAUCGUUUUUACGAUACCUAUUACCUACUGUGACACCAAUUUUGGAAUGUAUUUGUUAUUACGUGCAUUUAUCAAAUUACAAAUAUUUUUCAUAUCGUUUGGAUGAA